UUGUGGGCUAGGUCCGUCCUUGAAGUGAGGUGGGUGAGUCGCGGAGGGAUGGCAAAGAUGGCGGCGCUAGGGUGCGAACCGGUAAUGGGUUCGCUAGCACCGUCGAAGAAGAGGGAGUACAGAGUAACCAACAGGCUUCAGGAGGGAAAGCGCCCUCUCUACGCCAUCGUUUUCAACUACGUCGACUCUCGAUACUUCAAUGUCUUCGCCACCGUCAGUGGCAAUCGGGUGACUGUAUACCAAUGCCUUGAUGGGGGUGUUAUUGCUGUGCUGCAGUCUUACAUUGAUGAAGACAAGGAUGAAUCAUUUUACACUGUGAGCUGGGCGUGCAAUAUUGAUGGGACCCCAUUCUUAGUAGCUGGAGGAAUUAAUGGUAUAAUCCGCAUUAUUGAUGCUGGCAAUGAGAAAAUACACAAGAGUUUUGUUGGGCAUGGGGACUCGAUAAAUGAAAUCAGGACCCAGGCAUUGAAACCAUCACUUGUGCUGUCUGCAAGCAAGGAUGAAUCCGUACGGUUGUGGAAUGUUCAUACUGGAAUAUGCAUUUUGAUAUUUGCUGGUGCUGGGGGUCAUCGCAAUGAAGUUCUGAGUGUGGACUUCCAUCCUUCUGACAUGUAUCGCAUUGCAAGUUGUGGAAUGGAUAACACAGUUAAGAUCUGGUCAAUGAAAGAGUUCUGGACAUAUGUUGAGAAGUCAUUCACAUGGACAGAUCUUCCAUCAAAAUUCCCCACAAAAUAUGUACAGUUUCCUGUAUUCAUAGCUUCAGUUCAUUCAAACUAUGUUGACUGUAAUAGGUGGCUUGGUGAUUUUAUCCUCUCUAAGAGUGUUGACAAUGAAAUUGUAUUGUGGGAACCAAAAAUGAAUGAACAGUCUCCCGGAGAGGGCUCAGUUGACAUCCUUCAAAAAUACCCAGCUCCAGAGUGUGAUAUUUGGUUCAUCAAGUUUUCGUGUGAUUUCCAUUACAAUGCAGUUGCUAUAGGGAACAGGGAAGGGAAAAUUUUUGUCUGGGAACUGCAAUCCAGCCCUCCUGUUCUCAUUGCAAGGUUGUCUCAUGUCCAAUCCAAAUCUCCUAUUCGACAGACUGCCAUGUCCUUUGAUGGAAGUACCAUUCUCAGCUGUUGUGAGGACGGGACGAUCUGGCGCUGGGAUGUGGUAGCAACUUCGUGAGUGUCUCCGGGGGUAUAAUAUAAUACACUGGUACAGUUUUGCUGAAGCACCUCAUUGCUGUCAUUGAUUUUUAAAAGUAUAGGGUAGGAGGGAGGAACAAAGUCUCGCAUGUACCAAGGAAAAACAAAAACCAAAAAACAAAGUCGCAUGCCUUUUCCCCGAGGACAAGCAGCGGCCAACUUGAGGCUGAUAUGGCAAGAUCUGAUUUAAUGUUGUGUCUGCUUGAUAGAAAUUCAAGGCAUCCUCUGUGCAAUUUUUGUGAGAGGAACUGGCAUAAAGUGAUUGAACGAAGGGAAAAUUAGUAAUUGGAUUGAUGAUAUUAUUGUAUCCAAUCCACUAAUUAUGCAUGGAAUGGUUAUAUCGUAAUUUAACAUGGUGUGGCUUUUUUAUUCA